AUGGUUACGGCUAUCGGUCAACGCGUUGCUAAGGCCUCGAGCGCGAGUGGGGGUCGCUGGGCGGUGAAUCUCGGAAAUCGGCCGAAAAGAGCAAAAUGUGGACAGCUCUGUUUUAGACUGACAAAAGAUGCAACUCGUAUGCUUAUUGCACAAUUGGUGGCAUUCAUGCCACAAAUAUCACGGAAAACUGCAAUAUCUCAUGAAUUACAGAUACUAGCAUCAUUAAACUUCUUUGCAUCAGGAUCCUAUCAGAGAAGAACAGGCCAAGAUUUCUUUACGUGUAUGUCUCAAACGUCAUUAAGCCGUUCCCUUCAUGCGACUGUCAAUGCAUUGAAUUGUAUUAUUGACGAUUGGAUUUGUUUUCCAGUAACCGCUGACAGAAUUCAAAGCAUCAAACAAAGAUUUUUCAGAAACGGCGGUUUUCCAGGAGUUAUUGGAGCAAUUGAUGGAACACACGUUGCUAUUUUUCCACCAGAAAUUGAAAGGGAAUACCUAUUUAUCAAUCGAAAGUUAUAUCAUUCAUUAAAUGUAUUGGUUAUUUGUGAUUCCAAGUGCGAAAUUCUUGCCGUAAAUAGUGCCCAUGGUGGCCGAACACACGAUGCCCGAGUGCUCCGAUCAUCGAGAGUAUUUGCUCAUUUAGAGCAAAGGCACAGAGAAGGUGAAAUAAAUUCCUGGCUUAUAGGUGAUUCUGCAUAUCCUCUUCUACCUUUUUUACUGACGCCACAAUUAAAUCAAGUAGAAGGAACUCCAGGCGCAAGGUAUACAGAUCAUCAUGUCCGGACUCGUGUGACUAUAGAGCGAUGUUUCGGCAUUCUAAAAGGUCGCUGGCGUUGCUUACGGAAAGAACGAGCUUUACAUUAUUCUCCACAAUUUGCUGCUCUCGUUGUUAAUGCUUGCUGCAUUCUACACAAUAUGGCAAUUAAAUGGAGAAUUCCAAACGAUGAAAUAUAUCUGGAUGAAAUGGAUAUUGAACCACCGAUACCAUGUAAUAUUGCCGAAGAAACUGGAGAACAAACCCAAACUCGAGUGAUUCAAUGGUAUUUUACUAAUUAAUUAAUCCUUAAUUCGAUGUUAUAUUACUAGUAUUUUUUUAGAUUUUUUGUAAUUUUAUCAGUAAUUUUAAGGUGCUUUUGAAACAUUUUUUAAACAAAUCUAUUAUUGAAUUGUCCAACAAAUCUGUACAAUAUUUUACGUAGAAAUUAAGAUGUAUAUUGAACGUAUUGUAUAUUAUUUUAAU